CCACAUAGUAAGUAGCAGCCAUAGCGGUACAAUUCCAGCUCUCCACGUCCCUCUGGGGUGUCCAAAACGUCAGAAGUUGCCACGAAUGCACGGCGGCACGAUGUGGAGGUUAGUGAGCUGCACGCUGUGGCUUCUUGUCUCUUCCCAGCUCAGUUUCUGGUGUGUUUGGGCGACGCCAGCUGAGCUGGACGGCGACGUCAAGAUUGAAGUUGUGUUCAAGCCCGAGCAGUGCGCUCCGAAGAGUAAAAGAGGAGAUCUGAUGAACGUCCAUUACGAUGGCUUCCUCGCCAAAGAUGGUUCUCAGUUCUACUGCAGUCGAUCAGACAAAGCUGGGCACCCUCAGUGGUUUGUGCUGGGCGUCGGACAAGUCAUUAAGGGCCUUGAUAUUGGGAUGGAAGAUAUGUGUCCUGGAGAGAAGCGAAAAAUAACUGUUCCCCCUGGCCUGGCCUUUGGAGAAAAAGGCAAAGAUCCAGUGCCGCCCAACGCUACGGUGGUGUUUGAGGUGGAGGUCUACUCCGUGUCCAGGGGACCGCGCAGCAUGGAGGCUUUCGGACAGAUGGACCUUGAUAGAGACAGGAGUCUCACAAAGGCUGAGGUGAAAGAGUACUUAAAACUGGAGUAUGAAAAGGGCGGGAAGGCACGCGACGACCCUUUCUACGAGAAGAUUAUGGCUGAUAUAUUCCGCAAGAGUGACCACGACCGAGACGGGCUGAUCAGUGCCAAGGAAUAUAAUAUUUAUGAACAUGAUGAGCUCUAGUGUUGGAAGAAGUGGAUCUCGGUAAUUGUUGUAGUUUAUGUACAUUGAUUAAUUUGAGAGAAAACAUAAAUAGGGAAGGGAAAACUCUACCCUCCGAUGUUCGUAUAUUGCAGGUGUUCUUUUUGCUAUAAACAUGUCAGUGUUUC